AUGCGCCAGCAACAACUACUCCAGACGGCCUACAGCGAGCCUAUCAACGCCGACUCCGACAUCUUUGGUGACCUCCACGGCUGCGCUGCCCGUUUCUCGUCGCCGGUCUCGGUCUGCCCCUACAACCACUACUCCAACAGUAAGUCUUACAUCCCCAUCUCUGCCUGCACUUGUGACUACCGUACCGGUGGUCCGUCCCCUUUCCCGCCCCGGCUCUCCCGUACUCGUGCACUCCGCUCUUCGGCCAGCCCCUCGGCCCGCCCUGGCUCUCGCCGUGAUAUGAUGCUUCGAAAUGCUAACCCAAUCAGUGAUCCUCCUGUUUAUCUCCCGGACGACUUCGAUUCUGCGGCGACGCCCUCUUCUCCCUCCGUGGCACCUCCCUCGCCUACCUUCUACCCUUCUUUCAUGGUCUCGUUCGAUGACAUCGUGGACAUGGGCUACCCGGUCCUUAUCGAUCCCUCGCCGGCUCCUCAGUACCUGGUGAAGCCCAAGACACCCAACAGCCGUCCGGUCAAGAGUCGUUUCCGUGAGGAAUUUUAA